UACAAAAUACUUCAAUAUGUUUUCAACAUCAAACAAAAAUGAAGCAAUAAAAAGUAUAAAUUUUAAUGCCUAUGAACAAUUUGGAAACAAUAAUGCAACAUCUUCUUUCGAUGUCACACUAAAUUCUUUUAAAAGUAAACCUGCAACCCUUAAAGAAGCAUGUGAUUUUGAUCGAAGAAGUUCAGCUACUAGUCCCAUAUCUGAUAUGAAAGGUUCCAAAAUGACACCCAGACCAUUAAAAAAAGCUUGGUUGUAUCGGCAUACGGGUGAGGAUGAAUUAGAAAAUGCUAAGUUUGAUGACAUGGCUCAAAAUGGCAUUAAUAGCUUUGACAAGACUUUGACAAAAAAUUGUACGGACUCUAGUUUAACAACUAAUUUGAACUCAAAUUUCUACUUUACAAAUCUAGGAACUGAGAAGCUAAAUGGUAUUAUUAAAAACAAUAUUCUACAAAAAAAUUGUAAUACGUUGAUGAAAAAUAAUGAUAAAACAUAUGCACGUAAAUUGUUUGAAGACAGAGCUGCCAAACAAGGAAUAAAAAGAAAUAUAGUAACAUUAGACGAAGCUUCAACGGAUCUUUUAAAUAAGGCAAAAAAUAUUGUUAUUAAUAAUAGCACUAUAUAUGAUAAUGACUACAUCAGUUCAAAGAAAGAGAAAAAGGAUGUUUCGUUAGACUAUUUUAAAAAUGAAGGCAAAAAAGAUUUUAAAAAGUCCGAAUUUACUUUCUUGCAAGAUGGUCCGUGUUUCCAAGUUGCUCCAAAAUUGUCAAAAUGUCGAGAAUGCCGUUGGACACAAAAUCAAGAUAUGGAAAACGUGAACAAUAUUUUUUGUCGAUUCUUCUUUUUCCGUAAACUGAGGUACACUAAAAACUUGACGUUGGCAACCGCCGGAUUUUCUGACCCUUUUGACGAUCCCACUAAGGAUGAUAUAUCAAUAUGGACUCCAAAGAAGGAAACGACACUUAAUUUAGAUAUAACGACUUCCCGAUUUAUCUUAUCGCAUGUCGGUGAUCAAUUUUGUGAUCUUGUUGAGCAGGAAAAGCAGGCUGCAUCAUUGAACAAGUCAGAUGUUGUAGAAGUAGCAUGGAAAAAACUUGUAAAAGGAGUUCGUGAAAUGUGUGACGUAUGUGAAACAACAUUAUUUAAUUAUCACUGGACUUGUGGUAAAUGCGGAUUUAUAGUCUGUUUAGAUUGUUAUAAGCAUAGGAUCAAUGAUACUGGAAGACUUACAGCUGAUCCAGAAAGGGAUUAUGAUGAAUUCAAUUGGUUGCUUUGCACUAAUAGAACAUCACACGAAUUGAGAAAAUUAAUGCUCACUCAAAUAAUACCUGCUGAUUGUCUAGUUCAAUUAGGCCAAAGCAUGCAUAAAAUCCGAUCUGAUUUAGAUAUGGAACAAUAUUGUCCAUGUGCUAAUGAUAGUAUUCAAAAGUGUGAUGAAUCUAUAAAAAAAGAAGAAAUUGAAGAAUCAUUAGAUUCUGAAAGCACAGUGAAAAGUGAAGAUGCCGACCAAAUGAAUAAUUUAGAAGAUGAUUUUUUUAAAUUUGAAAAACCAACACAUUCUUUAUGGGCAUUUCCACAAUCAGAUGAAAGUGCCUCUUUGAAGUUCAGGCAGAUGUUGCUAGGAUCGAAUACUUUACCUCUUACCGAACCGAAAAUUAAAAUUUCAUCUUCAGAAACUUUUGAUCUAGUCACGUCAAGAAUACUAGCAGCACAAUCAAGCAAUUCCGAUAUAAAUGUUGCUUUUAAAAUUAUUGGUCAUGAGGGUAAUGGAAAAAAGAAUAAAGGAUUACCUCCUCGAAUUAUGACAAAGGCAGUUAGCUCUAUUUUAUAUCCAACCACCCCUCAUAGUUGGCUCUGUGAUGGAAAACUACUGCGUUUGCUUGAAGCCAAUAAUUCAGGAAAUUAUGAAAUAUUCCAGGAGCAAUGGAUUCGGGGACAACCAGUUAUUGUUUCAAAUGUGUCUAAUCUUUUAGACAUGAAUCUUUGGCAUCCCAGCACAUUUGCAAAAGAUUUUGGAGCACAAAAAAAUGAUUUGGUUAAUUGCAUGAAUGGAAGGACAGUUCCAAAUCAACCUAUGGAAAAAUUUUGGGAGGGUUUUGAACAUUUUUCAAAACGUUUGAAAGAUGAAGAUGGUAAUCCAAUGCUAUUAAAAUUAAAAGAUUGGCCACCUGGGGAAGAUUUUGCAGAAUUGCUGCCAACUCGCUUUGAGGAUUUAAUGAAAGCAUUACCUUUAGGAGAAUAUACAAAACGUAAUGGAAAGUUAAAUUUAGCUGGUUGUUUACCAGAUUGUUUUGUAAGACCAGAUUUAGGACCCAAAAUGUAUAAUGCUUAUGGUUCAGCUUUAUAUCAAUCUAAGGGAACUACUAAUUUACAUUUAGAUAUAUCUGAUGCCGUUAAUGUUAUGGUUUAUGUUGGGAUUCCAAAAGAUGCAGAUUAUGAAGAGCAUAUCAAGCAAGCUUUUGCAGCCAUAGAUGAAGCUGGCUGUGAUAUAUUAACUAGACGACGAGUUAGAGAAAAAACAGAACUGCCUGGUGCUUUGUGGCAUAUAUAUGCAGCUAGUGAUGCUGACAAAAUCCGCGAUCUACUAAAUAAAGUGACUUUGGAAAGUGGAAAUCGUCUUGAACCUCAUCAUGACCCAAUUCAUGAUCAAAACUGGUAUUUGGAUAGGUACCUUAGGGGAAGAUUAUAUAAAGAAUAUGGGGUUGAAGGAUAUGCAAUUGUUCAGUGCUGGGGUGAUGCUGUAUUUAUUCCAGCAGGAGCCCCUCAUCAAGUGAGAAAUUUACAUAACUGUAUAAAAGUAGCUGAGGAUUUUGUUUCACCAGAAAAUGUUAGCAUAUGUUCUCGUCUGACACAAGAAUUUCGAGACCUAUCCGAUACCCAUUCUAAUCAUGAAGAUAAACUGCAAAUUAAAAAUAUAAUUUAUCAUGCCGUUAAAGAUUCUUUAGCAUAUUUAUCAGGAUAUUCCCAAUCGGAUGAUCCUUUAUAUUAGGUGAUAAUAUAAAUUAUAAUAGAAAUUAUUGACAAAUAUUUAUAUUACAUUUUUUUUGUAUACAUAUUCUA